AUGGACAACUUUUCAUCAAGGUUUGUGCUAUCGCCCCGCCAUUGUGGUCUUGGAGUGGUGCCGUGUCGGGACUCCAUCGUGUGGGUUGGUUGUUUACUGACGAUUGUGCUCGCCCAGAACGUCGCUAGCUACGUCCGAACCCACGAAAAAGCACUCGCCAAUGCGCUCCAGCUUCGCCGGCAGCCUACCAAAAAUGCGAUCCCUCAGUCUCCCAGCGGUCCCCUGACUCCUAGUAGCUCCUUUGCAUCUACCUCAUCCACCCUGGCCGCAGCCUUCUCAUCCGCGGCUCUGAAGUUCAUGUCACAGAAUGCCAAAACCGCCAAGUUGACAUUGACCCCCCACCACCUAUUCUACCUCCUCUCCCGCUUCGAAGAACUCAGCAUCGCGGUGGGUCCUAUGAACAUCCGACUGGAGAACAUCCACACAGAGGUCUCGCAGUCCUAUGUCUCCUUCCUGAAUAAACCCCAGCGAUCCAGGGGCGAUGGAGCCUCGAUCCAUUCCGUUUCCAGUGUUCGUAGUGUGAUGUCGGGAAUGACUGACCUCUGGUCAUCUUUCCGCAUCGGAUCGAAAGAAACUCCCUCGAAAUCGGAUCGGGCCAAAGCGGCCUUGGAGAUGGAUCUGAAGUACCUGUACUCUGCCUUCACCAAGAUCCCCUGCCUCAGGCUUGCCCCAGACCACCGAGCUCCUCUGAUCAGUGGAUAUGAAGAAUUUCCUUUUGAUACGGCGGUGCCGUUGCAUUCUUUCAAGAAUUUGAGCGCUUUAGAAAUCAUUGAUUUAGAUUACCGUUCUUUUUACGGCUGGGACCGACUCUCUGAGCAGCUGCGCACCUUGACACUCAAGCGGGCGCACUUGGAGGACCCCGCCGACCUUUUGACGAGGAUUGUGUUGGACGACAUCGACAAAAGGCGCCGCCGAUCUGCCAAAUCUCAGCAACAAUCACCAUCGCUGGGAUGGACCGGCGGCUCCAACACUCAACCUGUUCAUACUCCCACUCAAGCCAACUCCCUCUCGGCGCCUGGGUCUCCUGUGAUGGACACAGCCUUCGGAUCCAGCGCUAGUCCCAAGUCUCACUCGAUGAUUCGGACAGGAUCGGAAGGCGCCAAGAUUCACAGGGCUGGAAGUACGUCGCCAACUCGUCCAGCCACAAAGCAUGGCCACCGCCGGGGCCAGUCUCGUCAGAUUCGACGCACAGGAUCUGCGAGCUCAGAGUCGAGCGAUCUCUCUCGGAACGGAAGCUCUUCGAACUUGGUCGCCGAUGUCUUGUCAUCUUCGAAAUGGCGAUUCCUACGACACUUGGGUCUUCCCGAAAACUCACUGACGUCCGUCUCCGCCGCCAGCCUCGCCCCGGUGGCCAACACCUUGAACUCGCUUGAUCUUUCCUCGAACCUUUUGACUGAGAUUCCAGACGGUGUGGCAUCCCUAGUGGCUCUGAGGGCGCUCAACCUGUCGCACUGCAUGAUCGAGUCUCUCCACUCAUUGACCCGCAACCCUCUGCCCGCAAUCACUGUCCUCACGCUUCGCGGAAACCGCCUGCGCUCGCUCGCAGGGGUUGAACGUUUGCUCUCUUUGGAACGACUGGACCUUCGGGACAAUAACUUGACAGACCCGACGGAGAUUGCACGACUCACUAGUCUUCCUGAGAUACGGGAGAUUUGGGUGUCUGGCAAUCCAUUUGUGAACACCCACUCUGGAUAUCGAGUUGUGAUCAUGAAUCUCUUCCGUCGGACGCCUGGUUAUUCCGAGGACAUCAUUAUUGACGGCAGAGGUCCCGGCUACACUGAGAGGAAGCAGCUUAUCGAGCGUGUUGCGGAGCCUCAGGCCGCACCAAUUGUACGCUGCAGCCAGGCAGAUGAAUCCACGUUCGUGCAGAAGGCAGCCACCGUGUCCAAGGUCCCGCACGAUCUUGCAGCCUUCAAGCCCCAAGAAGACGAGGAGGACUUUCAUACCAAUGAAUUGCAGAAAGAUAUCGACACGGGUACCAACCGCCGCAAGAAACCCCAGCGGCGGAGGAUAGUUGACAUCACGGUCGACAACCCGUUCAGUACAGAUGGAUUGGGUCAGCCGGGGAGUGCAACUUUGCCACCUCUCCCUGUCCAACCCCUACCCGUUCAAAAGAUUCAAACUCCCGUUCACCACCCGACCGACGGCCCUGUUGAUCAGCCGUGGAGGCUCGACAGCGGGGAGCCAGCCGGGACUCCAAACAUCAAAAGUUCACCCAAGCAUAUAAACCCACCAAGUCCUACCCUUGUGCAACCUUCCCAGGGCAAGGAUAGGACCAUGGACGAAGAGUUCUGCCGCCAACAGCUAGAAGUCCUCCGCCAGGACGUCGGCCAUAACUGGCUGACCGUGCUCGGAGAGAGUGACUGGGAUAACUCCCACAAAGACUUCGCUCACAGCUCGGGGGCAGGCUUAGACCAUUCCGCUCAUAUCUCCACCCCACCUAUCACCCGCUCGACCACGCAGGCCAUUCUGAGCGGACAUGCGCUUAGCGGAUAA